CUUUAAGUAGGUUUAUCUUACUUAUGUAUGUAACGGCUAGUGAGCUCCUCCACCUAGUGAUAUACUAUAUAUUAACUAAAAGAUGUCAUGCCACUUAGUAAAAAUGCCAAUGAUGUAUUAUUUAGUAUACAUAUAGAAGAGGAUGAUAUGCAUGGUAUAUAUAUGUGAAAGUGUUGGAAUAUAAAUAGUGGCUCAUAUAUAGGAUGUGCCUUAGUGAUUUGUGCGCUUGCUAGUUUUGACCCCAUUUUCCAUUUGUUAAUAAUAUUUUCCUUGUGCAAACCUCAUAAGUUGGUCUUAAGAAAAAAAAAGUGGAGACUUAGUGGAUGAAACCAGUAUCUUAUACCAAACCAAGCUCUUUAAAUACCACUCUUUAACUAACAUUUCUUCUCACAACUACAAUACUAGUAAAGCUGAUCCACUUCAAGCUUCCUUUCUCCUCUUAUUAGUCUUCUUGUUUCACCACUUAUCACAGUAUAACCAAACUCUCUUUCUCAACCUUUCUCCUCUUGUGUCAAACAAAAGACCUCUAGUUUUGUUAUCCUCAUUCUUCACAAGUGAAAGCAGAAUAAUCAAGAGCGAUAAAGAUACAUAAGAGAGUGAUGUUGCUUCUCAUUUUUCUAACAAUCUCCGUAGUGGCAACAAGCGCAAGUCCAUGGAUACCGAUGGAUGGAAACAAUCCAGCUAGCUAUUGCUUAAGCUGGAGACUAGCAAUAGAAACCAACAACGUACGUGCGUGGCGCACCGUACCUCUACAAUGUAUGCGUUACGUUGAGGCAUAUAUGCUCGCUGGUCAAUAUGACAGAGACGUUGAGUUGAUUGUGGAACAAGUUAGGGUUUAUCUCAAUGAUAUAGUCCUUCCUGGUGAUGGCAUGGAUGCAUGGAUCUUGGAUGUUGAUGAUACUUGCUUCUCAAACGUCGACUACUAUCGGCUCAAGAGAUACGGAUGCGACCCUUAUGAUCCAACAGGAUUUAGAACAUGGGCAAUGAAAGGAGAAUCUCCAGCUAUACAACCUGUUCUCGAACUCUUCAAUGAUCUGAUAGAAAUAGGAUUCAAAGUUUUCCUAGUAACCGGCAGAGAUGAAGAGACCCUUCGCCAAGCAACAGUUGAAAAUUUGCAUAAUCAAGGCUUCACUGGUUAUGAAAGAUUGAUUAUGAGGACAGCAGAGAAUAAAAAACAAAGCGCAGCAACUUACAAAACAACAAUCAGAAAGCAGAUGAUGGAAGAAGGUUACAGGAUAUGGGGCAAUGUAGGCGACCAGUGGAGUGACAUACAAGGAGAAUAUUCAGGGAAUCGCACCUUCAAGAUUCCUAACCCUAUGUACUUCGUUCCAUAAAUAUUUUAAUAUUAUCAUUUUCAAAUUUCAACCCAUCAAUUACAUGUAUAACAUGACAGUAUAUACACAAGGGUAUGUCACAACUUGUCAUAUUAUACUAAUCACAUUUCAAAGGUUAUAUGAUAUAGACUUAGCCAAAAAAAAAAGAAUUUAGUGGACAGAUUAAUAUGGAAAUAAUGUCUAAUAUAAAUAAAAAAUAAGCUAAGUUUUACAUAAAAGUUUUCAAAAUCAAACCAUAAGAAUCAAUCCAAUAAAUUUGUUUUUUUUUUCUGUUUUUGUUUUUACAAUAAGAAUUUCAAUACACUCCCUUUUCCCCAGCCACAUUUUUUCCCUACAUACACAUUAUAUAUCUCAACAUUUUUUCUUAUCUCUUUUUCUGAAUCUUUUUUUUUUUAAAUAAUCUGUAAUGAAUCUCUGAUAUCGUCUUAUAAAGACGAAUAAAACAAAAAAUAAAUAAAAGGAAAAGAAAAGGAAAGCCACAGGGUCGCUCACCGGAGAGAGACCAGGGAGGCCUUAACUUGACCACCACCACUGCAGCAAGUACUGGGCCAGAACCAAGUAUACACACAUGAGUGUUUGUGUAUGCAGACAUGUACCAUUUAAAA